UUUGGUUUGUGUUCUUUUUGCAAAUAAUUUUGUCGUCCAUUUCCUGACCGCUCCAGUAGAGUUCGGGGAGCGUUUGUGUGUUCAGUGGCUGCAGGAUGGAGUUCAAAGUGUUUUACAAGAACCACUCCCAGCACCAGUGGGGCGAACAGGUGCUGGAGGAAAUGACCAGGAAGAAUAAAGUAAUGCGGGCCAAGUCUCGCCAUGAGAUGCGGCAAGCAUUCCGUAAUAUGACCAACGAAUCGGAAGAAGAAAAUGAUGAACCACAGCAGCUGCAGCACCGGCAGGAGGAUACAACCACAAAGCAAUCCGAAAACAGUGACAACAAACCCGUGUCGGAAGAGGAACAGUACCGCAGACGGCUGCAGCGUUUGCUACAGUUUCGUGAACAGAAGCGCCGGAUGCAGCAGGAGAAAAAGAUCAAAGCCAAAGCGCCGUUCGUGCCGUUCGUACCGAAGCAACUCGUCGAGGCGACGCAGGAGCCCCUGGCGGAAGGUAAUGCGCGCCCGAAAAAGCCCCUCAGCGAGCUGCUCGAUCAGGCGAUGCAAACGGUAGCGAUCAGCAGCAAAACGCCUGCCCCAGUGGUAAAGAGCAUCAAACCUCGGGUAGACUGUUGGCGCACGGAAAAGCUGGCCCCCAAGGCAACGGAAAACGUGCCACCGAAAAUCCUACCGUCGGAGAAACUGAAAACGAAUCCCACCAAGUCGGCAGUGAAGGGGCUGAAACCGGAAUUGAAGCGCGCGAAGGAAACGCAGCAACCCCUGCAGCAGAAGCCAAUCAAAACCAUCCGACAUGCUGUGACAGCGCAAACCGUUCGACCACUGUCCCAGCAGAAGAAGCCAGCAGUUGUCUUAAAGGUAAAGCCCCCUCCACACGAUGGCAAACAGGCCGGUGGUGGUGGAACAUCUGCCAUGGUUACUUCGACCGUACGCAAACAUCGCCAACCGUUAGCGUUCACGUUUGAACCAGAGUCAGAAAUUAAGAAAGGCAAAGGAUUGCUGAACGUAAUCAAAAUGGCGGAACUUUUCGAUGGCAUUAGCCCGAUCGAGGUAGAGUCGCCGUCGGUGAAAAUUCCAGCCUCCAAUGGUGUUAGACAUUCAUCGCCGGUAGCAUUGAGAGCGGAAGGCGACAGCAUUUGGGAUCCACAGCCGGUGGCUUGCUUGUCGACAUACGAAGCAACGGCCGUGCAUGAUACGGUCAAUUUGAACGAUUCGGCCGUUAUGGACACGAAGGGCAAGAAUGAACAGCAGAUCGAUGGUAAUAUUAGCGACUGGGUACCGGCAGUGGUACACGAAAUCGACAAUGACACGAUUGUAAUAGACGAUGAUGAUGAGGUGUUUAAGGAGGCUGAAAUGAGCCAUGCUUCGGCAUUUGACAAGCUGGAAGAUCGCAAUAGGAAACCGGCUUUGAAUGAAUCGUUCACCAUCAGCGUUGAUACGGCUCCAUCCAAUGGUCGUCCAGCGAUUGUUACCCACGAGCCAACGGUACCGCCGCAUAUGGUGACGAAUAAUGGCAAUAAUGCGACCUCCCUCACAUCGCUUUCUGUAAUCGAGAUCAAUUCAUCUCACUCCAUCGAACAGGACCGUAGCAGCAGCAGUUUGCCAAAGGAGAAGGGAUUGAAUGGAUCCAAAGCGAAGAAGCGCAUCUCGUGGACUUUUACCGAAAGCCCGUUGAAAUCCGAAAUCGAACAAACCGCUCAACCCACGGAGCAGGGCUGCAGCUUACCAGUGCAGAGCGAGCUGGAUGGAUCAAAGACAAAGAAGCGUGCCUCGUUAAUAUUUACCGAAGAACCGCUGGAAAACGAAAUCGUUCCCAGCCGUGCGAAUUUAUCGCUAGACGAAAAGAUUCAACAAUCUUCUGCCGACGGCGCUGAUGCUGUGCAGAGCGCUACGGCCAACAACGUAUCGCUCCGCCGUGUACGUCGCAGCUCGGUACGACUGAGUGAACCAUCGUUCGAUGAACAGAUCGACGAUCUAGCAUCACCGAAAGAGGUACAGGAAAAGACACGCUUCUACUACGAGAAGGUGGAUAACGAAGUGGGCCGUUUGCAGGGAUUGUGUGACUUGUACGCACCGUAUCUCGAACCAGAGCAUGAACUGAACGACCACUGUCGCGGGUUGAUCAUCGCAGCCCAGGGCCAAACGAACAUCCUGAUCAAGAAGAAGUUUACCAAGUUCCGGGAGUUGAUAGGGCACUAUGAAUUGAAGUGGAACGACCGCAGGGUACGGCAUGACGAUCUGGACGGCUUCUGGGUGAUGCUGUCGCUCGAUUUGGACAACUUAAACAAACGCUUCGAAGAGCUGCGAUCGUUGAAGGAAAACAACUGGCAGGAGUUGGCACCGUCGCCGGAACCACAGGCCAAAACGAAAAAGCUCCGCGCCGGUGGUGGUAUACGAAAGCGCGAAAAGAAGCAGCCAGCGGCUGGCACCAAAGCGUCGUCCUCCGUCAUUGCGGAUCUGAUACGCAAAGCGCGUCAGGAGAAGCAAAAGCAAAAAACGACGGUGGAAGAUUUGGAGCCGCUGAAAGAAACGGUCACCGUUGUAACGACGCCGGAAAAGCGUGCAGUAAGCUUCGGAAAGUCCCCGAAGCGUUCCUCCGUGCAGCAGCGGCGCUCUAGUAUAUGUCCGGGUGGUACGCCGAUCGUAUCCGACUGGGAACAGCCAUCGGAGCCAGAAGAGCUCUCCAAGCGACGUACCAUUUUCCCCGAGAUUACGCAGCAAAAAACGGAAGAUGUAAAGUCGAUUCUGAAAACGCCAAAGGUUAAGGACGGCCGGCGGGCGAAGAGUGUCCUCUUUCUCGAUUCCGGCCUGGAUACACCGGAAACCCGCUGUCGGCACACAUCCCGUUCGAUCGUGGACACACCGAAGCCGAAGAUCAAAUUUAACGACGAGCUGGAAAUUGAACACAUCGACAACCUGGCCACCGAGUCGAAACCAGUGGAAGACGAAACCAUUACUGGCCAAACAAGUUUAACGCAAGAGGAGAAGGUUCAGCCAUGUUCUGUCGGUGAGGGUGACGCUAUUCUUAACACUUCCACCAGCAAUACACCUCUCCGUCGUAGCCGUCGCAACUCGGUACGAAUCACAGAGCCAGCGGUGGUCGAGCCGAACGACGAUCCAGCACCACCGAAAGAGGUGCAGGAAAAGACUCGCUUCUACUACGAGAAAAUCGACAACGAAGUGGGCCGUUUGCAGGGUUUGUGUGACCUUUAUGCACCGUUCCUCGAACCAGAGCACGAACUGAACGAUCACUGUCGCGGGUUGAUCAUCGCGGCCCAGGGCCAAACUAACAUUCUGUUCAAGAAGAAGUUUACCAAGUUCCGGGAGUUGAUAGGGCACUAUGAAUUGAAGUGGAACGACCGCAAGGUACGACAUGACGAUCUGGACGGCUUCUGGGUGAUGCUGUCGCUCGAUUUGGACAACUUAAACAAACGCUUCGAAGAGCUGCGAUCGUUGAAGGAAAACAACUGGCAGGAGUUGGCACCGUCGCCGGAACCACAGGCCAAAACGAAAAAGCUCCGUGCCGGUGGUGGUAUACGAAAGCGCGAAAAGAAGCAGCCAGCGGCUGGCACCAAAGCGUCUUCCUCCGUCAUUGCGGAUCUGAUACGCAAAGCGCGACAAGAGAAGCAAAAGCAAAAAACGACGGUGGAAGAUUUGGAGCCGCUGAAAGAAACGGUCACCGUUGUAACGACGCCGGAAAAGCGAGCAGUACGCUUUGGAAAGUCCCCGAAGCGUUCCUCCGUGCAGCAGCGGCGCUCUAGUCUAUGCCCGGGUGGUACACCGACCGUAUUCCACUGGGAACAGCCGUCCAAACCGGAAGAGCUUUCCAAGCGACGCACAAUUUUCCCCGAUAUCACACUGCACAGAACGGAAGAGGUAAAGUCGAUACUGAAAACGCCAAAGGUUAAGAACGGCCGGCGGGCGAAAAGUGUCCUCUUUCUCGAUUCCGGCCUGGAUACCCCGCAAACCCGUCGCCGGCAUACGUCGCGCUCAAUCGUGGACACACCGAAGCCGAAGAUCAAAUUUAACGACGAGCUCGAGAUCGAGCACAUCGACAAUCUGGCCGCCCGGACACCGUCCCGGCUGGAUAUGGAAAUACAGAAGCGACUCAGACAUUCGCAGCUGCUGAAUGCAUCUGCCGUGUCCGUUCCGGCCAGCGAAAGCAACCAACAGUCGGACGACAGCGUGGACACAGACGAUGCGAAGCAGGGACGCAAGGUUUAUGCGCGUGGAACGCCACGUCGGAGUUCGGGAAGCCAACGACGAUCCAGGCAGGGUCGAACGUCGGCCAGUGUCAUCGCGGACGUGUUCGGCGAGGACUCGGGCGAUAGUAAGGACUGCCACUAUAGCUUCGAGGGAGAAACAGAUGCCGCAAAACGUUUAACCCGUUCUUCAGCGAAUCCACGCGCGAAGAAGUUAGACUACAGCAAAACAGAACCGUAACACACGUGUACACACGGGACCUGUAAGUUACUUUCACCAUACUGUACUUGUUAGUGUUUUAAUUGUUGAUGCACUCUGUGUUUUCCUUCUUUUUAUAUGGUUUGCGACUGAAAAUAAACAUGAAAAUACAUUUUUCUCCCUGUAA